UGACUUUGCAUCGCAGCAGACCAUGCCCACCAUGCCAGAGUAUGAGGUCUUUCCCGGGGAUGAGCUUCGCACCACGUGUGUGUGGGACUCCUCCGCUCGCUCCGCAGUGACGCGAGGAGGGCCCAGCAGUGACGAUGAGAUGUGCAUCAAUUACCUGGUGUAUUACCCGGUUACCAAGGGGCAUGAGAUGGUGAUGUGCUUUGACUACUGUGCAAGCACCACCAACCAUGCAUGUGGGGCUGGCGAGAUCCGCUACAUCCCCACAAACCAAACCUGCACGGUCGACUUCGGCUCCAACGCUCCUCUCACUGCCCUCCACGGGUGCCCCACGCA